AUGGAGACCAAAAGAUACCAAAGUUUCUUUGAUGGAGACGACACAGAGAACAAAUGGUCUCAGGUCCCCAGCAAUAUGGAGUACAGCUGCAGCACGGAGGACUCAAGUCUGACUAGCAGUGACAUCCUGAUGGACAUAGUCAGUGUGAGCUGCUCUGCUGGAAGCCCGGCCGCCGACAGCAAAGACGACAGCACCAAGAAGCAGGAGCAGCCAGUGCUCCGGCUCAGCCAGAACCAGCCAUUUGCUCUCCCUCACUUCAACAACUCCCUGCAUGGUCAUAAGCAGGAAAUGGACUCCAAAGAGCUUUCCAAGACUGUGGCCGAGUCUAUGGGUCUGUAUAUGAACGCUGCCAGGGAAGCUGAUUUUUCUUUUAGCCAGCAUGGAGGCAGCACAAGCCCCGGGAAGCUGUAUCCAACCUGCGGACGGCCGCUCGAGGAGAACAGGGGUGGCUCCACAAAGAGCCCCAAACUAAAGCCGUUUGGUUUCCAGCAGCCCAGCUCCACUCCCAGAGACUGCUCUGCUGGUACUCCUGUUAGCUCAGCAUCCAUGCUGGCCUCCUCUUUGUCCUGCAGUCCCAAAACCUCCAGCUCCAUUUCCAGCCCUGGAGGCAGUAACAAUAUAGUGUCCUCCACUACCAGCCCUCCUACGUGCUUUGGACCACUAUGCUCGUCCGUCAGCAGUCCCGUGAGCCAGACUUUGUGUGCUGCGACUUUAGCCAACAUCAAGCGCAGGAAUUCAGUCACAUGUAGCCCUGUAGAGUCCAGCACGGUCGGCUCGCCACCACUCACCAGCCCGCUUAAUGUCAUGAGGUCCCCGAUGUCCAGUCCGCAGAGCAUGAGCAGCGUGAGAUCCCCUCCGUCCUGCAGCACGGCGUGUAACAUCAGGUCGUCCGUUUCGAGCCCCUCAAACGGCAGCUGUACCGGCACCACUAACAACUGCAAUGCAGCGAGACCCUCCAUCUCCAGUCCGGCCUCAGCAGGCCCCAUGGCUGUCAGCAGCCCUCAGAACCCUUGCUCCGCUGGGUUUCCCGUGUCUAGUCCUGCUGGAGGUCUUGGCUUGGUGCAGAAUGACACUAAUAGCCCGGAGGCAGCAGGGCUGUCCAGAGACACGGACUUCAAGAACUUUGAGUUUCCCAAAGUUGAGAUGGUGGACGGGGAGGUGUUUAGUGUUGGCUUAGACCAGUUGGGCAUGGUUAAGUACAUUAAAAACGAGCCCGGGACGGACUUCAGGAGCAUGUGUUUAGGGAACUCUAAAUGUAACGCGAGUAAUACACCGUUCAUCACACAGAUAAAGAGUGAGCCAAACAAAAUGGAUGGAUGUUUGAACCAACAACCCUAUGGUGAGCAGUCACCCUCUCUCGGUCUCUUCCCUGCAUCCGAGACCACAUAUUUAUCCCUGAGGAAUAACACUGAUGAAUACAGUCUUUCUGGGAUCUUAGGACCCCCUGUCUCCUCUGUGAAUGGGAACUAUGAGCCUGACGUGUUCUCGAACAAUGUCCUGUCUAAAGGAGUUAAGCAAGAGUCCACUGAUAGCAGCUAUUACCAAGAGAAUAACAACAUGUCCACAUCCGCCAUUGUUGGAGUUAAUUCCGGUGGACAUUCAUUCCAUUACCAGAUUGGAGCACAAGGAACAAUGUCAUUCACACGGCAUGAUGUGAGAGACCAGUCCAACCCAUUGUUGAAUCUAAUUUCACCUGUAACUGCGUUAAUGGAGUCGUGGAAAUCCCGGCCUGGCAUGUCACAGGGGUCACUGUCAGCUAGAGGUGAAGGAUACCUGGGCCAGAACUGCAUUGCUGACAGCAUGUCAAGGUAA